AUGGCUUUGCAAAGAUCAGCUCUGCGUCUUUGGAGGUCGAGCUCUCAGCACGUGCGGAGGCUCACACUUCACCAAUAUCAAUCGCAAGAACUAUUGAAAGAGGCCGGUGCUGCCGUGCCAAGGGGCCUCGUUGCGCGCAGCGCCGAGGAAGCUCGAGCAGCGGUGGAAGAGCUCGGAAAUAAUAGCCGGCUAAGUGCGCAGCUUCUUAAGCGAAAAACAUCUUUGGCAGAGCAGGAAGCCGCCGGUCUGGUGGCUCGCAGCCCCGAGCAGGCAGUCAAGCUCGCCGCUGAGCUUCUACGGCCAUCCGACGGCGCCAUGGUCGCCAAGGAGCUGUACAUUUCACAGCCAGCAUCACACGAUGAAGUAUGGUACUUGGCCAUGACUGUUGACCGCGAAAACUACCAGCCCGCCAUUGUCUUUUCCAAGCACGGCGGCCAGGACAUUCGCUCCAUCUCCGAGCAGCACCCAGCUAGCAUCCGCUCGUACAACUUUACACUGACCGAGGGUGUGCCCGAGUCUCUCGUCCAGCGCAUCGCUUUGGACAUUGGUGUAUCCCACGUCACUGAGAUUGCCAGCCUCGGCAAGACACUCAGGGCCCUGCACAAGAUCUUUGUCGAAAAGGAAGGCAUGCUGCUCGAAGUCUGCUCACUGGCCCGUUCCAACCAUGCCUUUGUUUGCCUGGAUUCGAGGUUUAUCUUUGAUGAUGAUGCGCACAAGAGACAGGCCGACCUCUUUGCCUUGCGCGACAAGGAGCAAGAGGUGCGCGACGAGGUCGAGGCGGAACGGUACGGCCUCGUGUACGUGCGCAUGGACGGCAACAUUGGCAACGUCGUCAACGGCGCAGGGCUUGCCAUGGCGACGAAUGAUGCCAUUGACCUGGCAGGCGGCAAGAGCGCAAACUUUCUCGAUGCCGGCGGCCAGGCGACGACGCAGACGAUGAUGCAGGCAUUUAGCAUUAUCCUCAGAGAUGAGCGCGUCAAGGCCAUCCUCGUCAACAUCUACGGCGGCAUCACACGAUGUGACAUGAUUGCCGAGUCCAUCAUUGGCGCAGCCAGCGAGAUGAAUAUCCACGUCCCAAUGGUGGUUCGUCUUCAGGGCACAAACUCGGAAGCGGGAUUACAACUUCUCGCGGAUGCGGAUCUAGGGCUGUACGUGGAGGCUGAUUUCGGAAAGGCGGCACAAAAGGCCGUUGAGCUCGCCAAAACAUGA